AUGGACUGGGAGCAGAUGUUGUCUGGACCGAAACUCGACUACACGACCAAGCCUUUCCAAGAUGCACAUAUGGCUUUCAGCAUCGACACCUUGGAAGCUGUCUUCCCCUUCAUUACAACCUGCCUCGCAGUCGGCACUGCACUCUCCGAUGAAAAAGUCCACCGAUUUCUCGAUUCGAUGAUUCACCUGCUGAGCAUUAAAACUACAUACAAGCAGACCGACAACAACGAGGGUUUCACGAUUCUGGACACUACCACUCCCGGCAACACGCGCCAUGCAUUUUUCUUCUAUGCUGCACGCGAAGUUGAGCCUGAUUAUGACGCCCUUGAUGAUGACCCUGAUAACUGGCCCGAGGAGCUAAUAUUCCCGGAGCACACCCUGCUCGGACCGAAGACGUACGCUCGAGCUACCGCUUACCAACUGCGCGGUCGUGGACCAGAAGCCAACGACGACUAG